CAGCCACGUAUGCUUAUAGACACGUGUGCACAGGCAUGCACGCGGUCAUGUGCAAACGUGCAAACAGACAUGGCCAGUCCCCGCUGCCUGACUCUCCGUUCUCCUCCAGCAGGCACCUCCGUCCUUCCCGAUGACCCUCCUUUGGCUGACGCUGCUCCUGGUCGCCACGCCCUGUCUCCUGCAAACCAAGGAGGAUCCAAAUGCACCAAUCAGGAAUCUAAGGAUGAAAGAAAAGGCUCAGCAGUUGAUGUGGGACCUGAACAGAAACGUGACCGACGUGGAGUGUAUCAAAGGCACCGACUAUUCUAUGCCGGCAAUGAACAACAGCUAUUGCCAGUUCGGAGCCAUUUCCUUAUGUGAAGUGACCAACUACACCGUCCGAGUGGCCAGUCCCCCGUUCUCCACGUGGAUCCUCUUCCCUGAGAACAGUGGGACGCCUCAGGCAGGCGCGGAGAAUCUGACCUGCUGGGUUCAUGACGUGGAUUUCUUGAGCUGCAGCUGGGUGGUAGGCCCGGCGGCCCCCGCUGACGUCCAGUACGACCUGUACUUGAACAAUCCCAACAGCCACGAACAGUACAGGUGCCUUCACUACACAACGGAUGCUCGGGGAACACAGAUCGGGUGUCGGUUCGAUGACAUCGCUCGACUCUCCCGCGGUUCUCAAAGUUCCCACAUCCUGGUGAGGGGCAGGAGCGCAGCCGUCAGUAUCCCCUGCACAGAUAAGUUUGUCUUCUUUUCACAGAUUGAGAGAUUAACUCCACCCAACAUGACUGGAGAGUGUAAUGAGACACAUUCCUUCAUGCACUGGAAAAUGAAAAGUCAUUUCAAUCGCAAAUUCCGCUAUGAGCUUCGGAUCCAAAAGAGAAUGCAGCCUGUAAGGACAGAACAGGUGAGUGUUGCGUAGCCCCAGACGCUGUACUUGACAUUGCAAAGGGUGAG